AUGGCUCCACUGGCCCAGCUUGACCUGGGGCUGCUCCUGGCCACGGUGCUGGUGGCUGGGAUAGUGGCUACCCCCACUGGCCUGCUGCCGGUGCUCAUGUCGAGAGGAGGCACUCUGGACCAAGCCGUGCUGAGCAGCCUGUUAAAUACGCUAGCGGACCGUGUGCACUGCUCCUCGGGGCCGUGUGGAAAGUGUCUGACCAUGGACAACAUCCUGUCCCUGGGCUGGCCUCAGAAACCGGGGUUCCCCCCGGGGCCUGUCCUGCGUGCUGGGGACAUUGCCCGCCUCAGUGCAGCCGCUGCCCUCUAUCUUGGCGACCCCAACGGCACAUGUGCAGACAUUCAAGCUGGCCACUGGGGCGCCCGAGCCGACCAAUUGCUGGCCAAGCUUGAGGACCCCAAGGCCUUGAUCCUGGGCUUGAGCCGGCUUCUCCAAAGAAUCCCAGCCCAGGCGGACUCCAGGUCCACAGAGAGGAAGGCCUGUGUGGACGUGCCUCAGCUGUUGAAGGAGGCGGCAGCAGGUCCCCGUGGUCCUGGUACAGCCCUGGCUGCCCUCAUGGACCAUGUGCAGGGGGGGGCCUGCUUCAGUGGCCUACCCACCCCUGACUACUUCAUGGACUUCGUCUUCCGGCAGCACAUUGGCGAGGGUCCCAAUCUCACACUGUCUGAGCUGGCCACCUUGAUGCAGCGCUUAAAGGUGGGCGGAGAGGCGGAGCCUCUGGGUCAUGCCAACCAUGAUGACCAUGAAGACGAUGGUGGCCACGGCCACACGCACCCUGUGGCCCUGGCCACCACGCCCAAUACCACCUCCUCCAGUGUGUGGGAUACGUUGUGCCUGAGCCCCAGGGACGUGAUGACCGUGUAUGGGAUAUCAGAGGAGGCUGGGGUGGACCCUGAAGCCUGGGCUCGGCUCACUCCUGCCCUGGUACAACAGCAACUGAGUGGGGCCUGCAGCUCCCACGAGGAGACCCCCACCCAGAACCAACAGCUCAGUCAGGCAGAGAAGUACCUGUACGGCUCUCUGACUACCCUGCUUAUCUGCCUGCUUUCACUGCUGGGCGUCACUCUCCUGGCCUGCAAAGGUUGUUCCCUGGUCACCCACUACAGCAUCCAGCUCUUCCUCAGCAUGGCCGUCGGUGCGCUCACUGGUGAUGCCAUCCUGCACCUGAUUCCUCAGGUGCUGGGGCUGCACAGCCAUGACAGUGACCACAGUCACGGCACUCAGAGUCACCAGCCCACCUGGCAGCUCCUGGCUGUACUUGGUGGUUUGUAUUUCCUCUUCCUGUUCGAGGGUUUCUGUAACCUACUGCUGCCUCGAGACCCAGAGGUGAAGGCCCCAACUGGCGGACCCAGCAUCACACCCUGCAACCAUGGCCACAGCAUGUCCCUGCAGUUGAGGUCCAGCCAGCUGCAGACUACCUUGCAGUCCCAGGAGGGCUCAAGGGCUGACCUGGUAACUGUUGAGAGCCCGGACUUACUGAGAGAUAGACGCCAGAAAAUGAGCCCAGACCUCCGGCUGCUGCCCUACAAGAUCACACUGGGAGACGCAGUGCACAACUUUGCUGAUGGGCUUGCCCUGGGCGCUGCCUUCUCGUCCUCCUGGAAGAUCGGGCUGGCCACCUCAUUGGCAGUAUUUCUCCACGAGCUGCCACAUGAACUGGGCGACUUUGCGGCCCUUCUGCACUCUGGGCUGUGCGUAAGCCGAGCGCUGCUGCUGAACCUGGCGUCCUCGCUCACCGCCUUUGCUGGCCUCUAUGUGGCGCUCGCGUUUGGGGUCAGUGAGGACAGUCACGCUUGGAUCCUGGCGGUGGCCACUGGCCUCUUCCUUUACGUGGCACUCUGUGACUUGCUCCCGUCCAUGAUGCACGUGCAGGAUGACCGGCCUGGCCUCCUCUUCUUGCUGCAUAACGUGGGUCUGCUGAGCAGCUGGGCCUGCUUGUUGCUGCUCUCCAUAUACGAGGACAGCAUCACCCUCUGA